AUGGAACCGAAACCAAUCAUCCAAUUCAAGUUGAAUGGGGAGUCUGCAUCUAAUUCCGAAAUUGACAAACUAGAACUUCAAGCUUGCUACCGCGCAUUGGGCAACUUGCACAGUUUACUAACUCAACAAUCAGUGUUGGAUCUUCUGAGCGGCCAGAUUGAUGAGGGAAAUACUUACUUCGAGUCGCUGAUCACAAAAUCAGAUGGAGGAUUCCGAGAAUGUAGAACGUAUUUCAAAGUUGCAGGAGUCUCUGUCAGAGAUGUGCAGAUGAUCACUAGCAGAUGGCUUCUUUGCAGGCCGGCCGAAGAACUGGCGGCCAGGUAUGUACUUCCCACUCACCCUGAGCACUAUGCAGCCAUGCAUGGUCCAGGUUCACCGCUGAGUAGCCCACCGGACUGGGGGGUUGAGAUGAUCGGGGAUCACAUGGCCAAGCUCCAAUAUAUCGACCUCGAAGAACGCGGACAGAAAAUCCCCAGAUGGAUGUUGAUGAAGAGAGAUUACGAUUAUGAGAUGGUGGAGAUGUUGGUUGCUAAACUCACAAGCGGGAGCAGACUCUUCUAUGUCAUGAAUGAAUUCAUGGACUUCGAUGGUGGCUGCAAAGUGAGACUGCGAACGUUUUUCCCUUCUGCUGCUCCUUGGACUUUGAUCAAGCAACAUGCGCAGCAUCUCGCGAUCGAGUUUCGGAACCUACUAACGAUGGUUGAUGAGGGUGUGCAAGAAUUAGAAGAUAAUUAUUGA